CUCAGCAUGGAGGAGUUAGGCCUGCCUUUCCCCGCGUACAGUUACGGCGGCUACCCCGGUUUCAUCCCCUUCUACCAUGGAAACGCCAAGUUCAAGUACCAGAGCUGGAGCAAGAAGGGCGGCUUCCCGCUGCCCGAGGUUUCCGACUACUUCGACAUUUACAAGCGCACCCAGCUGAAGGCCAUCCUGUCCCAGGUGAACCCCAACCUGACCCCUCGGCUGCGCAAGGCCAACACGAGGGAGUUCGGGGUGCAGGUGAACCCUAAGGUGGACGCCACCGUUCAGUGCUCGCUCGGCCCCAAGACGCUCUUCUACCGGGAGGAGCAGUUCAGCUCUCCCCGCCGCGGCGGCGCUCUUCCUCAGGACGCGCUGCCCAGCACUCCCGCCAACAGCGUGCGCUUCUCCCGCCCUCUCGCCAUCUACUCGCCGGUGUUCGACCGCAGGUUUUUAUCGGUACCGGCUCGCGCCGGCGCAGGGCUCAACAGUCCUGAUGACCGGAAAGCUGGUUCAGAGGAUGAGGAGGAGGAGGAGGAGGACGAAGAGGUCGAGACCGAGCCGGACAGUCCAGAAGGAAAGCAGCGUGCGCUGAGACACGCCCCCCAGAUCCGCGGAGCCAAGAGACUCGGCUUUCAGUUUCUGGAGCAGAAAUAUGGAUUUUACCACUGCAAUAAGUGCAACAUUCGCUGGGAAAGCGCCUACGUGUGGUGCAUCACAGGAAGUUGCAAGGUUUACUUCAAGCAGCACUGUAGAAAGUGCCAGGCUGGACUGAACCCAUACAGAGUGGAGUCUAUUCAGUGCCAGAAGUGUGCACAGACGCGCUGUAGCUGUGAGCAGAAGCAAAGGCAUAUUGACCUGAGACGGCCUCAUCGCCAGGACCUGUGUGGCCGCUGCAGGGGAAAGAGACUGUCCUGUGACACCACCUACAGCUUCAAGUACAUAGUCUGACCGCCCCAUCUGACCCAUGUCUUUUUAUCAUCGCCAUCGAUGGCAAUGAGUUGAAUGUUUUUGUAUAACUGAUAAUAUAUAUUUGUAUUAAACUCUAAAUAAAAGGUACUGCAGCAU